AUGAAGCCCGUCGUCUCUGCCUUGAACGCCUGGUCUUGUGUCGUCAUUUCUGUUUUCGCAAUCGUUAUCCUCUCAGUCCUCGGAUCGCUAUACAGCAGCAACAACCACGCAUACACCGGAUCAGAAGACGGACCUGAAAAUGGCCCUGCGAUCGCCGCCUCCAUUUACACCGCUGUGAUCGUCUACGCUGUACGUCACUCCCCCCUCUCUGAGCCGCGACGGGGCUUCUUCGUUUUCUGCGGUUUCCAGGCUUAUCUUCACAUGCGAGACAGCAGGGGAGGUGCUAUAUCACUCCAUUGA